AUGAUGUCCGGCACGGGGGACAAACCGGAAAGCCCUAAUCUGCUGAUCAGUGCGAUCUGGAUGCUGGUACACGCCAUUUUCACCUGGAUCGAGCAACUGUUGCGGCUACUCCAGCGAUGCCGUAAGAUCCUGUCCAACCAACGUUGGUCGGCAAACGUUACAGCCGUCUACUGGCUUGAGCAGUCGCAGCAUUUCGUCCGGAAGGAGCUGCAACAUGUGACCAAGAUCCCGCAGCACUUGGUGAUACUGCUCGGGCCGGAAAUGCCAGACUAUCGGCACCUGGCUAAGUUCAUCUUUUGGUCACACGCUGCCGGCAUCGAUUACGUCAGCUUUUACGAUCACAACGGCACCAUCAAGCAGAACCACGAGAAGAUUCGACGCUGCGUAGGAGACGUGCUGCCGGACGGAACGGGUGGUAUUGUGUGGUCCCCGCACCAAGCCGACCAAACCUCUGGCCGAACGACGGUGACGUUUCUCUCGCCCGAAGACGGCAAGCAAGGAUUAGUGGUCCUAAGCCGCUCGAUUGGAGAAUCCGUACGGCGGCGGGACCUCACACUAUCUGAAGUUAGCAUCGAGUUCCUCGACAACCGGAUACAGGCGUCGCGGAACAAUCUCCCCGAUCCGGAUCUGGCCGUUUACUUUGGGGACAUUUGCUCCACAUACGGGCUGCUACCUUGGCAGAUCCGGCUGACGGAGUUUAUGCAGCUCGAGCGGUCACUCAGGGAUUGCAGUGAGCUGCACUUCGUUAAUUGCCUGCUGAAAUAUGCCAAGUGUGAGCAACGGCUGGGUACGUAAUGGAGCACGUCACGUGUUGGGAGUGCCAAUGGAACGCUCCGACGAACCAACCGGGCUAUAGCGAUCCCAAAAAGAAAUGUAAAUCAAUCGAGCAGUGCUCGAUGAGCACGCUCUAAUCUGGUUUAAGUCAAUUAGAGCUAUUCGAAGUAUCGUAAUAUAGGAAUCAAAGCACGCUUGUUUCGGCCGUUAGUUUGUUGAAUGUAAAGCAUUUAUUUCAAAAUUAAACAAAAGCCACCGAUCGGUGUUAAGCUAUUUGGUACAAUCUAA